CCCCACACACAGAGGAGGUUCGUGCCGCUGGUGUGUUGCUAUGGGCCGGAGGAGAGCGCCGGGUGGUGGGUCUCUGGGCCGGAUACUUAUCCGACAGCAGACCCAGCGAAGCCGCAGCCACCGUCAUACUGACUCCUGGUUGCACACAAGUGAACUCAAUGACGGCUAUGACUGGGGUCGUCUUAAUCUUCAGUCAGUGACGGAACAGAGCUCCCUUGAGGACUUUCUUGCAACUGCAGAGCUUGCAGGGACUGAGUUCGUAGCUGAGAAGCUUAAUAUUAAGUUUGUGCUCCCUGAGGCUAGAACUGGACUGCUGUCUUCUGAGGAGAGCCAGAGAAUUAAGAAACUCCAUGAAGAAAACAGGCAGUUCUUGUGUAUACCAAGGAGACCAAAUUGGGACAGAAAAACUAGCCCAGAAGAACUGAAACAGGCAGAGAAAGAUAACUUCCUAAAAUGGAGACGCCAGCUUGUCCGGCUAGAAGAGGAACAAAAGUUGAUACUGACGCCCUUCGAACGAAAUUUGGACUUUUGGCGCCAGCUCUGGAGGGUCAUUGAGAGAAGUGAUAUUGUGGUCCAGAUAGUAGAUGCUCGAAACCCACUCCUGUUUAGAUGUGAGGAUUUGGAGUGUUACGUGAAGGAGAUAGAUGCUGCCAAGGAGAACGUGAUUCUGAUAAACAAGGCAGACUUGUUGACUGCUGAGCAGCGGUUUGCCUGGGCCACGCACUUUGAAAAAGAAGGUGUGAAGGUUAUUUUCUGGUCAGCUUUGGCAGAAACUGUUCACCUAAAUGUUGACUCUAAGGACCAAGUAAACAGCGUUGCUGGUGAAUCCAACGGAACUGAGUCUGGAAACUCCAGUUUGGAUGACAGUGAAAUUGCCCACAGAGAUUUGCUCUCACUCAGUGAGGAGUCUGCAAGUGACGAAGAUGACAGUGAAUAUGAGGAAUGCCAGGAGGAGGAGGAAGAGGAAGAUUGGCAGACAUGUUCAGAGGAAGACAGCAUCCCUGAGGAGGAGGAAGGCUGUGAUCUGGACUGUAAGGAACACUGUACUGUGGAUCCUGAGGUUCAGAACAGAAAAGAAACAGAAAGUCAGCAAAUGAACAAUUGUAGCCACCUGGUGUCAAAGCAAGAAUUACUGGAGCUCUUUAAGAAGCUACACACUGGGAAGAAGGUGAAAGAUGGACAACUGACUGUUGGGCUGGUGGGCUACCCUAAUGUUGGGAAGAGCUCAACCAUCAACACCAUCAUGGGCAACAAGAAAGUGUCUGUGUCUGCCACUCCAGGCCACACCAAGCAUUUCCAGACUCUGUUUGUGGAGCCUGGCCUCUGCCUGUGUGACUGCCCGGGCCUGGUGAUGCCGUCCUUUGUGUCGACCAAAGCAGAGAUGAUUUGCAGUGGGAUCCUCCCGAUUGACCAGAUGAGAGAUCACGUUCCACCCAUGUCACUGAUUUGCCAGCAUAUCCCACGGUACGUUUUGGAAGCUACCUACGGUAUUAACAUUAUAAAGCCUAGAGAAGAUGAAGACCCCUAUCGACCUCCGAGCUCAGAAGAACUGUUGACGGCUUAUGGAUGCAUGCGAGGAUUCAUGACAGCACACGGACAACCUGACCAACCUCGAUCUGCACGGUAUAUCCUAAAGGACUAUGUCAAAGGUAAACUGCUGUACUGCCACCCUCCUCCUGGAAGGGACCCUGUGACCUUCCAGCAUCAACACCAGCAACUCCUAGAGAACAAAACAAAAGGUGAAGAAAUAAGACUUCAGCCAGGCAGAAACCAAAAAGUCAAACAGAUUGAAAAUGUUGUCGACAAAUCUUUUUUCCAUCAGGAGAAUGUCAGAGCAUUGACCAAAGGAGUCCAGGCUGUGAUGGGUUACAAGCCUGGGAGUGGCCUGGUGCCUGCAGCUGCUGUGAGUGCUGAGAGUGUAGCUGGGAAGCCCUGGAAAAAACACGGCAACAGAAACAAAAAAGAGAAGAGUCGUAGGCUCUACAAGCACCUGGACAUGUGAAGUUGCUGAACAGAAAUGGCAUCUGCACUGUGCAGGUGGACAAGAAGUAGCCACGGCUGCCUGUGACACUCUCCAGACGCUGGUGCUGUGGAUGACCCUGCUCUUGUGGAGCACAGACUCACCCAGAAGUCUUGACAUCAAGACAGCCUUUUGGAAGCACCUGCUGUGGCUAUAGUAGUCAUUGAGGUGUCCCAGAAGUCUUCUCCUGCAAAAGGUUGAUGGGCAUGUGUGUAGACAUACACACAAACGCACAUUAACUCUGAGUUAUUAAAAAGUUAUUAAAAUUAAUUUGUUACUAA